AUGACAAGCAAGCACGGAAGUAGGACAGCAAAGAAACCACCACCCAAGAAGCAAAAGCUUCUUUCAGAGCUCCUGACUGUCCCGCGGAAUGCAAAGCAAAGAGCUUUGAUGGAAACCGCCCAGGAAGAGAGUGAUUAUGAAGAGGAGGAGCCUCUUCCUGGAAAGGAUGACAGUCAGAGUCAAGGAUUGUCCGACCUGCUUGGACUUUUCCAAGCUCAAUUUAAGAAAAAGAAUGCUCAGCGCACCAAAAAAGCCGAAUCAGAGCACGAUGCAAAGUUACAAAUGACAGUGGAACAGAUGAAGAACUAUAUUGCAGAACGCGAGGAAGAAAGAGAUGACAAGAUAGAAGGGCGAAAAAGAAAGUAUGAAGAAACAUGGGAACACCAAGCUACCACGAUGACCGCGUUCACGACAGACUACGAAAGAGUUCUCAAGGGUUGGGCAGCCAUUAUAGAUCUGUUGGAUACGCAUCACACAGGCACAUUUAAAGCCCGCCAAGAAUUUCAUAUGGACAUGGACGAGCAAACGAAAUCUCAUGCGGUGCAAGCGGCACAUCAAUUCACCAUUAUCCAGAAACAAAUUCAUGCAGCCAAGAAAGAAGCGCAAGAGCUAAUCAAGGAAUCAUACGAUACAUCGCAUAUUAGAAAAGCGAUCCAACUAUUAUUGAACGCGUAA